UCGCUAGCGUACCGUGCUAACACCGGCUUGGGCGGGAGGUCGCGGCGCAGUGCAUCCUGGGUUGGCGUAGCCAUGGCGGCUCGUGUCCUUUCUGCCUGUGUCCGCCGCCUGCCCGCGGCCUUUGUGCCCAAGCUCCGGCUUCCCACACUGGCCUUGGCCCGGCCGCUCAGCACCACUCUCUGCCCUGAGGGAACCCGGAGAAGGCCCGGGACUCUGCAGCCCUCCUUGGCGCUCACGCAGGUGCCUGGAAGGGUCACACACUUGUGCCGUCAGUACAGUGACGCACCCCCUUUGACGUUAGAGGGAAUCAAGGACCGAGUGCUGUAUGUCUUGAAACUCUAUGACAAGAUUGACCCAGAAAAGGUAACUGGUUGGGAUUUUUUUAUAUCUUUUGCUUUAAGGAAAGGGGAGUCAGAGGCUUUCAGUUCUAAAGGGUUUACUUUUUCCAUAUUCACACACUGUUACCAAUUUUUCUUUUUCAUUUUAGGGUUUGAAAUUCCUGACAUAGAUGCAGAGAAGUUAAUGUGUCCACAAGAAAUUGUAGACUACAUUGCAGAUAAGAAGGACGUAUAUGAAUAAAGUAUCAGAGCCUUCUUCCUCACCAGGAGGACUCCGAGAACACCCGAUGGCAUCAUGGCUGACUGACAGCGGUUCUGUUGGACUUGUAUUUAAAUUGUCUUGAGUGUUUUACCCUUUAAAAAUAAAUCUAUUAUAAAACUAA